AUGGCAGCGGGGUUGCAGCGGUGUCUACAGAGCAUCGCUGGACGAAUUGCAUCACAGGAACUGAUGCUGCACCGCCUGAACGAGGUGCAGUUUCAACUACUCGCCGACGGGAACAUUGGAGAUGCGGUGUCACAGGCGCGCCGGGAGAUUGCGGGGCUGAGGGACUACGGUCGUGAUACGAUAGAAGUGAUGAGGGGGUUUGCUACAGCUCUGCUUGGCGGAAGGGAGUGA